CAAAGUUCUUUUCUUGCACUCGGCUAAAACGCAUCUUAUCCAUUGCCGGCUCUCUGUCAAAAUAAGUACAGGAAUAUAAUCUCGUCAAAAACUUAUCUUCUUCUAGGUUUCAUCCUUGUCUCUCUUUCACUCUAUAACAAUGGCUCUUCUUGGCUUCUUGAGCCGCUUUUUGCCGCCAUUCUCGGGCUUCGUCUUCACUUGUGUCCUCGCUGUAGUGCUCCAGAUCUUCAUCUUUUCGCCGAUAUCUCCCAACUUGCUCCAUUUACCGGAACCAUCGUCCCUAACUUCUCUUCCCACAAACACCAUCUUGCAGGGUGUGGGUAAACUUGGAGAGGGCAUAGUGAAAGAUCCAGAAGACUUAUUGGUAGACGAAAAUGGGGUGCUCUACACGGCGACCAGAGAUGGUUGGAUCAAGAGGUUGCACCGAGAUGGGUCCUGGGAAAACUGGACCAUGUUGAACAGUGAGACACUUCUGGGGAUUACAGCAACUAGGAGAGGUGGCAUCAUUGUGUGUGAUUCUGAAAAGGGUCUGCUUUGGGUUGAUGAAGACGGUCAUGCGAUGGUCCUCUUAUCACAUGUUAAUGGAUCUGAAUUAAGAUUCGCCGACGACGUCAUUGAAGCAUCGGAUGGGAGUCUAUACUUCAGCGUAGCCAGCACCAAGUUCGACCUCCACAAUUGGUACUUGGAUGUCCUCGAGGCGAAACCUCAUGGCCAGCUUCUCAAAUUCAACCCUUCAUUGUCGCAAACUUCUAUCGUUAUUGACGACUUGGGCUUCGCCAAUGGCGUGGCUCUAUCUAGGGACGAAGAUUUUCUCAUCGUCUGUGAAACUUGGAAAUUUAGGUGUUUGAAGCAUUGGCUAAAGGGAGAUGAAGCAGGGAAAACGGAGAUUUUCAUCGACAAUCUUCCGGGCGGACCUGACAACAUCAAUCUUGCCCCGGAUGGAUCUUUCUGGAUUGCCCUACUGCAGUUGACAUCUGAAGGGUGGGAGUUUGUGCACGCCUCCAAGGCAGCCAAGCGCUUUAUAGCAACAUACCCAAGUAUGAUCAAGAAAGUGAAGGGAGUGCACAGAAAAGCAAGUGUUUUGCAUGUGGGAGCUGAUGGCAAAAUAAUCAAGAAGCUUGAUGAUCCGGAUGGGAAAGUCAACUCCUUUGUUACCUCAGCAGUUGAGUUUGAGGGUCAUCUUUACCUGGGAAGCCUCAACGCCAACUUCAUUGGAAAAUUGCCCCUCAUCUGAUGAUGUUGCCAAUGUAACGUUCACUACAAUUGGCAUUUCAUGUAAUACCAGUUCGCAAGGGGAGUAUUUCACAUGGGAGGCAGUUGAGCUUACAUGUAUCAUAGCAUCAUUUGCUUCACCAGCUCCGAAUUGCGAAACUUCGAUGCUUCCAAGAGAGAGAUUCAAUAACAAUGUCAAAGAUAUCGUUUAAUAGACUAAAUUUAUCUGAUGUUUAAGCAUUUAGCAAA